GACAAGAUAAGACCAGUCAAGAGAGAGAGAGACGGAUAAAGAUAUAAAGAAAGAGAUAAAGACUGAAUGAAUGGCAAUAGUGGCUGUCUUGGUGCUGUAAUCUGAUUGGCUACCAGCAGAGGCGAACAGGUGGAUGUGUGUGUGACUGAAAGACUUCACACACUACGACGCUACAGAAAUCUCCAUACCCACCGCGCCAGGACACAGAGCCCUCUCCAUGGCCAGUUGGCUGUACUUCCUGGUCCCAGCGUUGGGGGGCUACAGCGUGGCGUCUUACUUCCUGCUCAAGAAUCCACACAUCCUCCACCGCAGGAAACACAAGGCCUUCACCUGCACACACAUCUCACACCGCGGGGGAUGUGGAGAGAGGAUAGAGAGCACAAUGGAGGCUUUUACACAUGCGGUAGAUCAGGGGACUGAGAUGUUGGAGCUGGACUGUCACCUGACCAAGGAUGGCCACGUGGUCGUGUCACAUGACGAGAACCUGCUGAGGCAAACAGGACAUGAUGUCACCAUCUCCUCACUCAACUUCCAGGAGCUUCCCCUCUAUAAAGAGAGACUAGAGGUCACCUUCAAAACAGGUGAAUUCAGCUCGGGGUCGGACAGGAAGUUCACUCUUCUGGAGGAGGUGUUCCGGAGGUUUCCCCAGAUGCCUGUAAACAUCGAAGUCAAGGAGAACAACCCCGUUCUGAUUGACAAGGUGUCGGUGUUGGUGAAACAAUAUGACAGAGAGCAGCUCACCGUCUGGGCCACAACAAGCUCCGGGAUCAUGAAGUUCUGCAGAGACACGAACUCCUCUAUGCCCUACAUGUUCACAGUAUCUCGGGGACUUCAGCUCCUUCUGUUGUUCUACUGCGGACUCCUGCCCUUCGUCCCUCUCGGAGAGAGCUUCCUCCAAUUCUACCUGCCACGCAUCUUCAACAGGACAUUCCUACCAGAAUCUAGGAUUCUGCGAAACAAGGUGGUGGUGUCUCUGAUUGAAAAGCUGACCAUGAGGAAGAGUUUGUUUGACCAUCUUGUCAAACGGGGGAUACAGGUCCAUCUGUUUGUGUGUAACACAGAUGAUGACAUCGCUGCUGCGUUUGCUGCUGGAGCCACUGGUGUCAUGUCCGACUACCCAACGCUCCUCACCAACUACUUACACACACACACACACACAUAACAUGCACGAUCAGAACACACACACACACACACAGACACACCCAGACUCAUAUCAUAACACACACAUACACAUAGAGCCUACCCAACGCUCCUCGCCAACUACUUACACAUACACACACACUCAUAACAUGCACGCUCAUAACACACACACACACACAUAACAUGCACGCUCAGAACACACACACACACCCAGACUCAUAUCAUAACACACACAUACACAUAGAGCCUACCCAACGCUCCUCGCCAACUACUUCACACACACACACACACACACACAUAACAUGCACGAUCAGAACACACACACACACACACACACACACACACACACAUAACAUGCACGAUCAGAACA